AUGGCUUCAAAGACCUACUUCGGCCGUGCCGAGCACGAAGGUCGCCGCCUCGGUGCGGAUUUCGACCUCCUUGCCAAGUGGUCUCGUGCCUGUUCCCUUGACCACCCGAUUCACUCGUACUACCUGACACAGCUCUCUCACGAGGAUCGAUCGCAACUAUUCGCCGGCCCCGUCCAAGAGUUUCGCCUUGAGAAGGGCCCGAAUGACACGGUAAAGCUCGAAACUAUUCAAGACGAAGUUGACCGCCUCGACCCCGAUGUGAUUGAGAUGAUGCGGUCGCCCAACUACCAGCGAUCCGAGGCGCGGCGUUUCGAGAUGCUGAACGAAAUCGAGGAUAUUCAUGACAAGGCAGACGGCGCGGCCGCUUUGGCCUUAUCUAGUGCGCUUCUUCGGGGCAUGGACGGCCCGCCUGCCGAGAGGCUUGCGAAGCGGGUAUCCGACAGGAUCCUCGACUCUGCGGGCGCUAAAGUCAUGGCGCGUUGGAAAGCUGCUAGGGACGGACGUUUGAUGGGUAUCAACCACCGAAUCCCAAGCUCGCCGGAACAGACCAGUGGUGGCGACGACGACCUUCCUGCCUACAACUCAAUGGAUGAGACAGCAACCAGUGACACGGGUUAUUCUACCACCACUAGCCGGACCAUUGGCAAAAGAAAGCGAGUGCAAGGCGUAGCCCUCGACAUUUCGUUCUCGCGCCGGUUUGUCGAUACUGCGCCGGCAAACGAUCCGUUCGUCAAGGCAGUUUCCCAGGAAUAUGAUUCACACUCUAGCGAGUCUGAGGACAACAAUACCACUCCGCAGCAAAAGCUUGCUACCAAGUUCAUGUCUCCAAGCAGCUCCGUCCCGGACUACGGCAGCGAAACCUCGUCUGAAUCCACGAAUUGGAAUAGCCCUGGUUGCUCGACUGGCGAGAGCCCCUCAUCCCCGGACCUUGAUUCCGUGAUGGGCUUUUUGGAUGAUGCAGAUGGCGGUGUCGCGCUGCUCCCCACUUGCCUCGCUGAAGAGCUGGGACUCAAGGACGAAUCCCAUAUCGCGACCCCGACCCCUGCCUCCUAUUUGAGUCAUCCCCAGACUUUUGCAGGCCACCUUGGCGCUGGCUUGAGCCGAGCCUUCUUCACUGUUCCUACUGGUUUGGACGGCAUGUUGGCGAAUCACGCUUAUGUUACUACGUUCAACCCAUCUCCUGCGGUGGGCCCGUCUGAUACACAGGUUGCCGACAACGCCGUCGGUCAGGAGACCGAGGCAGAAACCUCAUCGAGUCCGUUCUCGCCGCAGUCCAAGGUUGACAGCAACUACCCGCUAGCCAAAGAGCAGCCAUGGAAGGGAUUCACCUGUUACGAAAUUGCUGCUAAGUUCAGCAAUGACCAGCUGCUUCCCAAGUACUGGACCACCAAGCGCGGAAAGGAGCGUUAUGUUCGUCAUAAGAUUGGAGAUUUGAAACUGGACGAUGCCAAGCUGCGCUCUGAUCGCUUUUCGGGCUCUGUCGCUCGCAACCCCGUUCAUAUUUUCGUUGACCUCUCCAACAUCAUCAUCGGCUUCUAUGACAGCAUGAAAGAGAGCCGGGGCAUCCCGGUCAACAAACGUGUCAUGGCCCCGGCCUUCUCGUUCAAAAACUUCGACACCAUCCUCACUCGCGACCGAAAUGUCGCCAAGAGGGUUGUCGCAGGUUCCUUGGCCAACUCGUACAGCAAGCGCCGGCCUGAAUAUAUGAUGCAGGCCCAAGCUCUCAAGUACGAAAUGAACAUCCUGGAACGCGUCCCCAAGCCCGCGUCGCCCGUGCGCAAGCGCAAGCCGAAGGCCGGAGCCCGCGACUUGGACGCACCCACGUCUGGAGCUGACACCUCAGGCGAGGACUGCUUUGUGGGACCGAUGAAGCACGGAGAGCAGGGCGUGGACGAGUUGCUCCACCUCAAGAUUCUUCAAAGUGUUAUCGACACCAAGCCUGCGACCAUGGUGCUCGCCACGGGCGAUGCUGCGACAGCGCAGUACUCGGAUGGCUUCAAGAAGAACAUCGAGCGAGUACUUGCCUACGGCUGGAACAUUGAACUGUACGGCUGGAGCCGCAACAUCUCAUCCGCCUGGCGCGAGCCUGAGUUUGCCGAACAGUGGGGCCACCAAUUCAAGAUCAUUGAGCUUGACGGAUUCUGCGAGGAGCUUUUUGACAUGGCUAUCGAGUCAUUGGAGCAGUAA